AUGGCGAAUACAUCUUUAAUUACAUUACCUAUAGAAUUAAUUCAUCGUAUUCUAAACAAUCUUGAUGUGUACUUUAUAAAUGUUUCAGUUCGGAAAGUGUGCAAACGUUUAUAUCUAUUUGUCAAUUUUUAUAAUCGAUAUGAAUUUGACCUCGAUUUAUUAUCAAAAUCUCGUUUGAAAAUCAUUUCUCGCUUUAUACAACCAGAAAGAAUUACUUCACUAGUACUUCUUAAUCGAUCCUAUGCAUUGGAAAAAAUCAAGUUCUUCUUUUCACUCUUUGAUAUAAAUCAAUUAACACAACUUCGAUCAAUUACAUUAGGUCAAUUUGACCAAUUAAAAGAUGCCGAAUUUUUACAGCAUCUAACCAUUUCUAACUUGGUUUCAAUAAAUAUUCGUUCAACUUCUGCAGAUAAUCGAAAUCAAUUACCUUUUAUUUCCAAAAUUAUGAAUCAAUCAAGUUUUCUUCGAAUGUAUUUAGCUGAAUCAUAUUACAGCAUUUCGUUAAUACCUUGGACAAAUCCAUGUUCAAUAAUAUAUCUCACUAUAAAAUCAUGUUCAUUAAAGGAAUAUGAUCUUCUUCUGCAACGUUUACCAUAUUUACGAACAUUUAGUACAGGAGAAUUUAUUAUUGAUAAAUUGAAUCAGUUAAAUUCCUCACCUUCUAUUUUAAAAUCCUAUUCACAAUUGAUGUCAUUAAUGAUUGAAAAUGGAUCUUUGUCAAUGACCGACUUUGAAUUAAUACUCUCCCUAACACCAUCACUUACCAGACUCAAACUCAUUUCCUACAAAUCAAAUUUAUUUUCUAUUGCAAAUGGUUCUGAUUGGGAAUAUUUAAUUCAUAAUAAAUUGCCAAAUCUUAAAAUGUUUGAGUUUUUCUUUUCUUAUCGUCUACAAAAAGAAAACGAGGCAGAAGAUCUUACUUUAUUUCUUAAUCAAUUUCGAACUUUAUUCUGGUUGAAGGAAAAAAAAUGGAUUGUAACAUGUGACUAUGUUUUAAAACAAAAUGUUAUCUAUAUCUAUACAACACCUGUAUACACUAAAGAUUUUGAACAACAAUUGCAAUCUAUCAAGAAAACCUCUCAACCUUUUCCUUUUAUACUGAGAUUUAAAUUUUUAUCGAUGAAUAAUGAAUUUCAUUCAACUAUUCAUCUUAUACAUGGCAUAGAUGAUGUUGCAGAACCGCGAACAAUACAACAUAUUAAUCUAGAAAAAAAUGGAAUUGGAGAAGAUGGUACACGAUAUUUAGCUGAAACAAUAACAUCAAUUAAAAUUCUGAGAGUGUUGAAUCUUAGUUCCAAUGAAAUUAGUGCAGCAGCUGCAGAUCGUUUCUAUGAAUGUUUUCAAAAUAAAAUGAAACUUAUGCAAUUCGAUCUAAAAGGUAAUGAUGAAUGUGAUGCUGCUGCUAUGUACGCAAGUUUUCAAAUACGAAACAAUAAGGUUAUUAUUAUUUUUUCUUCAUUUUGUACUGUUUUCAAAUGUAUGUCCAUGUUUUCUGUACAGAAAAUGAUCGUAUUAGAUCUUAUAUCGAAAAAUAUCAGCGAUAAAGGAGCUAAAUAUAUCGCUGAUGCUUUAGAAAACAAUACGACUCUUCAAGAAAUCGAUCUACGAUCAAAUCGUAUUGGAGAAAAAGGAGUAGAAGAUCUUUGUAAUGCUUUGAAAAAUAAUAGAUCUGUUUAUACAUUAAAAUUAAAUCAAAAUCGAAUUACUGAUAUAGGAGCAACAUAUAUAGGUGAUAUGUUAAAAGAGAACAAGACUAUUACUGAAUUAGAUCUUAGUUACUGCAAAAUUGAAAAACAAGGAAUAGAAUAUCUUGUUGAUGCACUGAAUUAUAAUAAGAUAUUGAUUCAAAUCAAUCUUAAAGGUAAUCAAAUUGGAAAUACAGGAGUACAAUGUCUAACAGAUGUAUUACAACAGUAUCCGACUUUAGUUCGACUGUAUCUUGGAGACAAUCAAAUCGAUGAUCAAGGAGCUCAAUAUUUGGCUUAUGUACUUGAAGAAUUACAUCUUGAUAGCAAUAGUAUUACAGGACAAGGAACGAAACAUCUUGCCGAUGCACUAAAUAAAACAAAUGUAAUUAUUGAUAACUUAGUUUCAUUAGUUUUCACUUCUACAUUAUUUAAAACUAGAGAUUAA